AUGGAACCCAGCAGAGAACUUCAGCUAGAAUGGUUAAGAGUCUCUGGACUCGACCUCAAUCUUCUGAAGCCCAUUUAUCACAGGCUCAAGUAUGCCUACUGCCUACAAUUGGUCACCAAUUAUGGUAACCCAUAUAUCGAAACCAAGAACAAACUUCCUUACCAAGUCGACAAGGAGCAACACGCCCUCUUCAAGCAAUUCAAACAACAAUCAUUCACAUGGUCGUACGUUGCAAAGAAGAAGCCCAUACCUUGUUGGGAGCCAGUUUGGUCUGGGGUUGAGUUGCCCAAGCUCAUACUACAACACAUAAUUGAACUAUUGUUGUUUGACAACAACACCAACUCCAAGUGGAAGGUUGCACUAUCAACAGUGUCCACUCAGUUCCAUGGCAUCUGCACAUCAUUAUUGUCACACAUUCCCAUCCCACAAAUGGAAAUCCUCUCCAAGAUCCGAAACAUUGGCUCGCCAUUCUGCCUGUUCAAACAUCCACCACUCCACAUCUCCACUGAUAAAAUACGCUUCAUCCCCAAGAAGGACAUGGCGCAGUGUCUUGAUCGCCUGGAAUCCUUGAAUGUGGUUUUAUGGUCAUAUUUACUUCCAUUAUCUAUUCUAUUACCUAUAGUCCACGCUAAACAUCUCAAGCACAUCAGCUUUAUGGACGAGACCGUUCAAGGUGGCCCCCCUCUCUCAGGGUUCAGACUCCAAGAACAAUUCACCUCAUCAAUCAAACAAAUACCACCCGUUAGUUUGUCCAACCAAGAAUACAUCAAGUUGUUGUACGAGAACUACAUUUCACCAAAUGCAGCGACUCUUCAAUCUGUAUCAAUCAAAUGCCAGUUUCCAUUCAAUCUUUUGGAAACACUAAAUUCAAACAACCUCCAACAUGUUGACUAUUCCUUCUUGGCCAUUCUAGCUAGAGGAAGAGAGCUCCUAUAUGAAGAGUUGGCUUUGACACCUCAACAGUCCUUUGAUCACAUUACAUCCAUCGAUAUAUCCAAGUGUAGAUACUGGGAUCAAUUGGACAAGAUCAACAAGGUGUUCAGGAUGAAGAUAUUGAUGUUGAUGACCUGA